CCACCCUCCAACCAAAAUUUUCACCUUACCCUUGAAGUUUCUUAAAAGAUAAACCCAUUAAAAAUUCCACAGAGAGAGAGCAAAAAGAGAGAGAAAAGCUUUCCUUCUUCUUCACCUCUUUAAAUCCCACUCCAAACACCAAGAAAAUUCCCCUUUCUUUUCCUUUCCUUUCCUUUCCUUUCUUUCACUUUCUCUUGAUUCAAGAAAGAUCCAAAGACAACCCAUCAAAGAAACACACACAUAAAAGAGAUUUGACCAAAAUGGAAGAGCCAAAGCCUCAUUAUGAUCAUUUCUUGGUGGUGGUUUUGGUGUUGUUGAGCUUAGUUCCAAUUGGGUAUGGUGGGGUGGGAGUGAACUGGGGAACCAUGGCAACACACCAGUUGCCGCCAGAGAAAGUGGUGGAAAUGCUGAAGGAGAAUGGAUUUGAUAAAGUGAAGUUGUUUGAGGCAGAUGAGAAGAUUUUGGAGGCUCUGAUUGGGACUGAGAUUGAAGUGAUGCUGGCUAUACCCAAUUUCAUGUUGGAGCAGAUGAGCCAAGAUCCUGAGUUUGCUGCCUCUUGGGUUGAUGCCAAUGUCACUAGAUAUAGUUACAAUGGUGGAGUCAACAUCAAGUAUGUUGCAGUAGGAAAUGAACCUUUUCUCAAAACAUACAAUGGCUCCUUCCUUCCCUUCACAUUACCAGCCCUCAAGAACAUCCAAGAAGCCCUAAACCACGCCGGCCUCGGAUCCCAAGUCAAAGCCACAGUCCCCUUCAAUGCCGACGUCUACUUUUCGCCGGACUCAAAUCCCGUCCCGUCGGCCGGUGACUUCCGGCCCGAGGUCAAGGACAUCACCAUACAAGUAAUCCAAUAUCUCGGCUCCAAUGAUGCCCCUUUCACUGUCAAUAUAUACCCUUUCCUUAGCCUCUACGGCAAUGCUUAUUUCCCCUUUGACUAUGCAUUUUUCGAUACCAACAACACUUAUAAUAAGACUGUUAGGGAUGGCAAUUAUGAAUACACCAAUGUGUUUGAUGCGAAUUUCGACACUCUAGUAUGGUCUUUAACUAAGGCAGGAUACCCCGACUUGAAGAUUUUAGUCGGGGAAGUGGGGUGGCCCACCGAUGGAGAUACAAAUGCUAACGUGGAAAAUGCCAAGAGAUUCAACCAAGGUCUUGUCCGACACGCCCUAAAUGGGAAUGGGACCCCACUUAGAAAAGGCGUUAUUGAGGCUUACCUCUUUAGCCUAAUCGAUGAGGAUGCCAAGAGCAUUGCCCCAGGUUGCUUCGAAAGGCAUUGGGGGAUUUUCGAGUUUGAUGGGAACCCCAAGUACGAAUUGGACCUGGUUGGUACCCAAGAAAAAAAGGGACUCGCGGCGGUUACAGGGGUGGAGUACAUGAUGAAAAGGUGGUGUGUUUUGAACCCACAUGUGGAUGACUUGCAAGAUUUGCCAAGAAACAUUGAUUAUGCAUGUACAAUGUCUGAUUGCACUGCAUUGGGAUAUGGGUCCUCAUGUAAUCACCUUAGUGCAAAAGGAAAUGCUUCCUAUGCUUUCAAUAUGUACUAUCAGUUGAAUGAUCAGAACAGUUGGGACUGUGAUUUCUCUGGAUUGGCUAUGGUGACUGAUGAAGAUCCAUCAGACGAUCGGUGUCGGUUUCCGGUGAUGAUUGCUUAUGGGUCCCCAACAAUGGUGCUGCAUAGGACUGUUUUUGGUAUUUUUCUUGCUGUUCUUGAGGGGUGUAUGGUGUUUUUGCUUCUUGUUUCUUAGUUUUUUUCAUUGACUCUUGAGUUUGAAGCAUUUGGAUUGUUUUGUGCAGAUUAACAUAGGGUAAAAAGUAAGAAAAUUGUAUUAUAAAUUAGUUUUUUUUUUUUUAAUAUUAAUUUUAGAUUACUGUUUCUUGAGUC